AUGACAAAGGGAUGUUUUCUAGAGCUUGCUGCUAUUAUAGAUACUGUUGUAAGUCCUCAACCUAACUGUCCAAAUUAUCGUUUUUUAACUACACACAAGAAACUAGCAAUAACCAUUUAUUAUUUAAAGGAUACUGGUUCCUUUUGGAUGACAGCCAAUGUUUUCGGCAUUCAUCAAUGUAUUGUUUCAAAAACUGUUAAAGUUGUAUGUGAUGCCAUAAAUAAUAUUGUUGGUCCUAUAUAUAUACAUCUACCUAAAAAUAAAGAGGAUAUGACGAAAUUAGCUUCACAGUUUGAAGUAAAGUUCGGCAUGAUACAAGCCUUUGGAUGCAUUGAUGGCACUCAUGUCCAAAUUAAACGUCCUAUUAAAAACGGUUUAGACUACUUUAGUUAUAAGCAAUAUUUUUCAUUAAAUGUACAAGCGGUAUGCGAUAGUAAAGGAUAUUUUAUUGAUGUUGAAUGCAACUAG